AUGUCCUCCAACGACACGUUCAACAAGCUCAUAACCGUGCUCGCCGUCUCAGGUAGCGCCUACCUCGCGGGCUUCACGUCCUCCAUCACAUUCCUCACCGUUCCCAUCCUACCUCUCUCCGGUCCGCGCCUCGCCACACGCCAAUGGGCAGGAGUGUACGACCGCGGUUCUCGCCUCGGGCCUCCGAUGGGCCUCGUCUUCCUCUCCCUGUUCGCUUAUGCCGCAUGGGCGAACGGGGUUCUCGAGCGCUCGCCGAAGGGUGUGACGCUGGCCGUGGCUGGCUUGUGCGCAGCGGCAAAUAUGCCCUGGAUACUGAUGGCGAUGCUCCCUACGAACUCGGAGCUCUUGGCUCUGGCUGCUGAGCCUGAGCCGAAGGAGGGUGGGAGAGUGGGAGAGAAGGACGAGAAGAGGAAACGGGAGGAGGUGGAUAGGUUGAUUAGCAAGUGGGGAUGGUUGAAUGCCGUUAGGAGCGUGGGGCUCACUCUGGGCGCGUUGAUAGGCGGCGCUGCAGCGGUGGAGUUGUUAUAGUUCUGAGUGGGGAGUUCAUUCAGCUGUCGUAUUAUGUGUUGCGAUUAUCUUCGAACUGUAAUGUAUCAGAUUGGAUGAGAAAACAGACGG